AUGGUUAGGAAAAAGGGUGCAACUUGGCAGUUUUUCAAGGAGAAAGGCAAAAGUGGUGUUGUGGGUAAAUACUGUGAUCUUGAAUACAAACAUUCAAAUGUUAAUAAAAUGACGAAACAUAAAAAGAAGUGCUUUAAGUGUCCUGAAGAAAUGAAGAAAAUUCUUUAUUCAGUGCCAGCCACUGUAUCUACUAAACUAUCAAUGUGCAUGUCCACCCCGAAGAAAAGAACUAAAUAUCCCCAACAGGGCCAACAGCUGAAGGAGUUAGAAGUAGAUGUGUCUUUUGAACUAAAAGAAGCACAUCCCGCAAGGCCAAGUUCAAGUAGGAGUCAAACUUUUCUAGUUUUAUCUUUAUCUGAAACUGAAAGCAAUGCCACUGCCACUAAUGCUAGUACCAGUAACAUACCUGCAAAAAGUGCUUGUUCCAUCUUUAACUUCAAUCGACCUCAACCAUCACCUUCCAUCGUGAAUAACAACAGAGGAGGUCUGUUAACUUUUGAAAGCCUCAAUCAAAGUUUGGCCAAAGCAAUUUUUGUAAGCGGUACUCCAUUGCCUAUGGUUGGACAUCCACUGUGGUUAGAAUUCUUUAAACAACUUCGUCCUUCAUUCAAACCACCAUCAAGAUUAGCUGUCAGUGAAGAAGAAGAAAUCUCAUCAGAAAUGAAAAGACAGAUUCUUGAUGACGGUCUGUUUUGGGUCAGGGUUGAAAAAAUGGUUAACAUCUUAAAUCCAAUUGUUGAGCUUAUCACUGCCCUUGAAUCAAACACCUCCCUUAUCCACAAUGUUUAUACAAUAUUGCAAGAAACCCUUAAACAAGAAAUGCCAGAAUCUCCGCUUCAACAGAUCGAGAAAAGAAAAAGUGCUUUCAAAGUUAGAAAAACGUAUUCAAUUUGGAGUGGGACAAAUUCACCUGGCUGCUGA